AUGCCAGACAUGUACACUUUCCAGAGCCCAAAGUAUGUUACGCAAUCAGAGAAGGACUGCACUCCGCGACUCACCCCGAAUAUACUCCCCUGCCGAAUCCACCACGAUGGCCCGAUCGACUCUACGGACCGGUUCUGGACGCCCGAGACAGACGCGCGAGACAAUAACCAAUCAUCAUACUUCCGCGGCCGUAAACUUCGAGGUCGUCGCGUCACAAUCCCAGAGGGAUACACAGGCAUCGUCGCGACACUCACAGACCGCGUAUCUCAACAACCAGUCAAAAAUGCUUCGGCAGAAGAUGAAGUGACGGAGCUUGAGGAGCCGGUUAAUAUCCUUGAGACGCAGGGUACAUUUGACGAUAUGAUCGUUUGGGGUCAUGAGAUCCUUCCUGCGGCGGAUGACCCAUAUGUUAAGGGUGUGGAGGAGUGGGUGCGGUUUGCUGAGACGAUGCAUGGAACUCCUGCGCGCACGAAUGGUAACUAA